UGUACGGUAGAUAGAAUUUACCAAUUGAGAAGGGAAAUGCAGAUUUUCAUCCAUUGGAGAAAUGGGUUGGUGAGAUUUAAUUUGAUUCAAAAAAAUCUAUGGAGUAGAGAGAGAGAGAGAGAUUGUGUUGGUGAAGAAUUGUGUAUGGUAACAAACAUAGAAGUCCCAAUAAGAUAGGAAAAGAGGAAGACCACAGAAACAAAGAUAGGUUUAUUGAGUGAUUGAUGGUAGAAAUUAAUUAAGUUAUUGAGUGAUGGAUGGCUUUUGUCUUUACCAUUUUUGUUUCCCCAAAAGGAGGCAGUAAUGGCAGACAUAAUAUCUCAUUUGGUUUGAAUGAAUAAUAUUGCAGAAACAAACCCAAUAUCAACACCCAUUAGAUCAGCACAUAAUAAGAGGGGAUAGAUAUUGGAAGUGAAAUAGGGAGAGAGGAAAGAUGAACAUGGGGGGAAGAAAUUCAGGUGAAUUGGGAAGUGGAAAAUCAGGGAAGAUGAGGCUAAAGAAGCUAAGAAAAAGGGAGGACAUGUCGACAAUAAUGGUAGAAGAAGAAGAUUACCACACAGGAUUAUCAGCCUCAGUUCCAUUCCAAUGGGAGUCAGAACCAGGAACUCCAAAGGCUAAUUUGAAUGAUAGGAAUAGUAGAUCUCUUCUUUCUCCUCUCACUCCCCCACCUUCCUAUUUCUCCAAUCAUCUUAUCAUCAACUCAUCCCCUAUGAUCCAUCUUUCUUCUAAGCCUUCUUUUAAUAAGCCAAGUUUCCUCAACACUGUCUUCAGAAAGCUUUCUGUGAAGCCCAGUACUCUCCAGCCUCCCUCCCCUGCUUCUUCCUCCUCCUCAAGCUCUACCAUGGAAAGACGGAGAUAUGCAAGUCCUAGAAGAUUGUCGUUUGACUCGAGAGUGGACGACGACGACGACGACGAAAAUGAAGACGGCAACUUAGAAUCACCUGUUUCUACUUUGUUCUUUGGACGUCGAAGUGAUAAAGGAUGCUACCCAAAAUUGGUCAAGGUAUUCACUAGAUAUUCUAAAUGAAAUUAAACAGACGAAGUACUUCAUAUGAUAUAUUGAGAAGAGAGCUAUAUAUAUAUAUAUAUACUACAUGCGUUUUGUUUUGCUUUUUGUUUUUUUCUUGAGUUUACCCGUUGAUAUAAGAGGGGAUAGAAGAGAAGCAUCAGUACUUGGGAUCUUCAUCAUACUGUUCAUAUUCUCCUUUCAUAAACAAAAAUGUAUUCCAUCAUAUAUGAUUGCACAUAUUUCAAUUCCAUAUAUCACUGUUCUUGGCUCU